UUACUCUCUGCUGCUGUGCAAUUCGCUUGUUGCCUGUUGUUCCAUUUCUUUCGUCUCAACGCUUACUUAGCCUAAAUGAAAUAUGCAACGCGUUCUACUCCCUCGAAUGACCUCUCACCUACCACCGCCCUGACUGACCUGGAGCCUCCUACUUCAGCCGCUGUAUCCAUUGAAUACUACAGAGCAAUGUCGAGGAAGCCUCUGCCCGGUGUGACCCAAGGGUGGGAAUCAGCAGAUGUACGUAGACGAUCUGUCCACGUUCCUCUUCCCAGUCCCCCAACAACAGCAGAGAAGAAGGGGAAUUCAUUGCCGCGUACAACUACGUACGCUAACUUGUCGAGACGGUUGAGUCCGUCUCCCACUCGUGGUUAUUCUCCGCUGGGCGAUACGGAAACCAAAGCCUUGGAUGUUUUGAAUUCGCUUUCGUUGACAGUUAACGCAAUUGCUACUCAAUUGACGAAAAUCUAUACGAGAAGUUACGAUAAUGCGGUGCAGUUGUCGGACAUCCGAAACGCUGUUCUUAGUAUCAACGAAGGGAGUCCCAAUCCGCAUGUUGAAACACUGCUGUCACAGUUGAUGGAGCGGUUUCGUUUGCUUGCAACAGAUGUUCAAUCCACCUUGAGAAGCUCUGUUGUAGUUCAGGCAGAAGCAAGCGAACAGAAACGCGACAAUGAGUCGAUGCAGUAUUUCCGUGUUCAAGAGGGAACAACCUCGUCUGCUCUCGCAGUCGAAAGUGCGUCUUUGGACGCUACACUGCAGGUACUGCAGGAUCGCAUCGGCCAACUCGCCUCACAUCUUGAGAAGCAAAGUCCUGCCGCCACGACAGAAGCUGUCCGCAGCAUCCAGGAUCUGUUGUCGCGGUUCGAGGCUUCAUCCGCCGAUACCAUGGAGAAACAGACGUUUAUGCUGAAACAGCUUGAAGAUCAGAUGGCAAAUAUGAGCCUUGUUUCCGCUCCGGAGCAAGCCGACGGGGUUUCUUACACACAUUACCCGGAACAUGGCAAACAGCAAUCACAACAGCAGCAACCGGUCAUGUCGCAUCAACAUGUUGUUGACGAACAACGAGGACAGAUUCAGAAGCUCCAGGAUGAGAAACAGACACUUCUUGUUGAGCAUACACGGUUAAGUACACAAGUGCAAACGUUACACGAAGAUGUCUCACGCUUGGAAACACGCAAGUGCAACUUGGAGAAGGUUACUGUGGUUCUCGAAGCCCAACGCGACUCCUUGCGUACCGAUGUCAAUGAUUUGAAAACGCAACAAGACGGCCUCGUGGCCCGUAUUAACGAGCUGCGCGAACAAUACGAACAAAUGCUCCAGCGUAACGUUCGCAUGAACGAGCAAAUGGCGGUGAAAGGGAGUCUCAUGAACGGCACAAGCAAUCACCACAUACGCGACGCCAGCGUUGUCAGUUUGCAAGAGCCUACCUCACAAGUGUAUUUAGAUCAAAGUUUGCCAGGCUCGACAAAGACGCUUACGGAGGACAGCAACAGCAACAGCAACCAUUCUCCGGUAUGUCCCAAGGGAAUGGAAACAGACUCGCCUGCGAAACGCCUUCCCGCUUCCACACUUUCACAUUCAAAGGAAGUACGGGGUAAGGGAAGUCGUGCCAAGGGCGGGCGUCCCAUAUCCUCCGUUUCCAUAACCUCUUCCCAACCCGCGUCUGCUCACAUGCAUUCUCACAGUCGCAAAAUGUCUUGGUCGAAACGUUUUGCUAUGGCGAUGGGCCUAUUGCCGUCAAAGGAACGUAUGCCUGAUGACUUGGUCGGUAUCAGUAACUCGAGCACGUCGUAUUCUAAGCCGCGAAGCGCCAGUACGAAGCUUUGAUUUUUUUUGAAAGCAUGGACAUCUGUGUUUAUAUGACCCCUUUAAUAAUAGCAAAUGACAUUGUCUAUAGUUCUUCCCCUACUUUUUCAACAACUUGCCGAGUGGACCUUUCUUUAAUUUUUCCAAAACAUAGAUGAACGAUUUUGCGAACCCCGCGGUAAGGAGUCCUUUGAUGGUUUGCAUAAGGAUGCUGAAGCCUGUCAGUUUGUGAACUGCACGCUUGCAACGAUUUCUUCUUUGGGCGGUAGACUCUUGGGCGAGUAUUUUGAGGACUACGGCGGUAUCGCCUGACUUGCUGUAUUGUCUCAGUACCUGUCGUUGGAACUGUUUGGGUAGUUUCAUAAUGGAAGAGAGACAAGCAUUGGCGUUUUUGUCGUGUCUAAAUUGAAGUUGCUUGCUAGUAUCCGCGCAUGCCAGGUCAUUGAGUUGCUCAGCAUUAUCGGCACGAAUAUUACCAACUUGGUGAAUGAGAGGUAGGUAAAGUUUACGAAAAAGCGGGAAUUGUGCAGCGACAAUGUUUUUUACCUUUUGUGGAUUUUCAGCCAUUGCUGACAUGCGAACGUCUCCCAAGUAAGAGAGACUAGCUAUGGUACUGUAGAGUUCGGCUUCCUGAAACUUUUCUGAGAGGAAUGGCAGAGCUGCGUAUAGGGCCGACUCCAAGUUCUUGUGAUUGAAUUCGAAGAACUCGUCAGGCGCCCGAAUAAUCUUUGUCUACGACUAAGCGUUAGUAAAACGACCAGAUUGCUUUUUUUCUCCCAAGAGGUAUUCAUACCGGUUUGUGCAAACGCCCGGCAAGGUACAGCGUCGACCAAUGAAGCAGAUCAUCAUACAAAUUGUGCAGACUCGUAACACCGUAUUUGAUUACCGAGCCACCCAUGCGAACGAAUGGAUUGUAAUAAACACCGGUACCGACCGACUCUUGCAGAUAACUAAUUGAGCGACUACCAAAGUAUUUAAGGAAUGAGUAAUGCUUCGGGUUUUGUUUGACAUUCACGGAAUGCCAUUGAUAAGGGUCCUUUACACCGAAUAUAAAAUCAAGCAUUGGCUUUUUCUAUCUCAAACGUCAGCAUGUCGGCAAAUGGGGCAGCGAGUCAAUGAUAGCGAACCUUUUUGUCGUAUCCUUUUUGCGAAAACACUCCGCUUCCAUACGCAAUUGCUACAUCGAUGGGUGCAUCGAAUGAGUUUACUAUCCUCUCAAAUUCCUCAUUCACUGAAGGGUGAAUGCUAACAGUCUGGAGAGUUUUUGGGGUUUGAAUCGUUUGUGGAGACAGCAAGGCUCCAAUGGAUAUUGUUGUCAGCCUCCGUCGUGAGAAGGGACUGUAAAAUCCCCGUAGCACUCGCGUCCGUGACAUGAUUGUCAAUCCUGAACUGGGGUACUGUCCUUGGCAAUUGAGUCAACGAACAACGAUAGUGUAGUGGAAGUUCCGUAAAAAUAGACCCACAACGAAACCGGAUUUCAG